CGGCCCCACCUUCCGCGCGCCUCUUCCGGGUGGGCUCGGGCGGGGGCCAAGGCCAUGGCUCUUUGGCCGCCGCUCAACUCUGGGAUGCUGGUGCGAACUGGCCACACCGUGCUGACCUGGGGAAUCACUCUGGUGCUCUUCCUGCACGACACCGAGCUACGCCAAUGGGAAGAACAAGGGGAGCCGCUCCUGCCCCUCACCUUCCUGCUCCUGGUGCUGAGCUCCCUGCUGCUUUAUCUGGCUGUGUCACUCAUGGACCCCGGCUAUGUGACCACUCAGCCCCAGCCUCAGGACGAGCCCAAGGAGGAACAGACAGCCAUGGUUCCUCAGGCUAUCCCACUCCGGCGCUGCAGACACUGUCUGGUGCUGCAGCCCCUGCGUGCCCGGCACUGUCAUGACUGCCGCCGCUGUGUUCGCCGCUACGAUCACCACUGUCCCUGGAUGGAGAACUGUGUGGGUGAACGCAACCACCCGCUCUUUGUGGCCUACCUGGCACUGCAGCUGGUAGUUCUGCUGUGGGGCCUGUGCCUGGCAUGGUCCGGUCUCCAGUUCUUCCAGCCCUGGGGGCUGUGGCUCCGGUCGACUGGGCUCCUGUUCACCACCUUCCUGAUGCUCAUGUUCUUCACGUUAGUGAUUGGCCUGCUCCUGGCCUCCCACCUCUACCUGGUAGCCAGGAAUACUACCACCUGGGAGUUCAUAUCCUCACACCGAAUCGCCUACCUCCGCCAGCGCACCAGCAACCCCUUUGACCGAGGGCCGACCCGAAACCUGGCCCACUUUUUCUGUGGUUGGCCCUCUGGGCCCUGGGAGACCCUCUGCGCUGAGGAAGGGGAGGAAGGCAGCAGCCAGGUUGUGUAGGGUUGCUGGAGAGAAGGCUGCUGUUGUGCCAUGGAGGCAUCAGCCCUGUCAGCCCAAGGCCUUCCCACCUUCCUAGGGCUUCCAGUCCUCUAGAGAGAAGCAGACGGAAGCCCCCUGCCGCCCCCUGAAGGAAGACAGGAGAAAAGGAAAUAAGUUGGGGGAGGGGUGUUAAAAGAGAACCUAGACACUACUACAACCCCUGGCCUGGCUACCUCAAGUGUACAGUUUUAUUAAUUUAAUACUCUCUAUAAAGUCAAGUAUUAAAAGGAGAAGCC